AAGCAAAUAAAAGUAAUGACAAUCAUCAAAUGAGAAAUAUCAAACAUCAAUUUCACUUUCUGUUCUUCAAUCUGCAACCACACCACGCAUAUUUGCAUCCAUUCAAAGCUCAAAAGAGGAACAAAGUUGAGAAAUGGAGACCUUAAUGGAGGAGGAAGAGUACAACUGGAGAGAAGUGGUUCUACCUGAGCCGGAGCUCGAUCGAGAGACCGGAGAGAGAAGGAGGGGCCGCGACAUCAUCAUCGCCGUCGAUCACGGCCCUAAUAGUAAGCACGCUUUCGAUUGGGCCAUCACGCACCUCUGCCGCCUCGCCGAUACCGUCCAUCUCGUCUUCGCCAUCUCCAGUUUGAACAACCAAAUUGUGUACGACAUGACUCAGGGGCUCAUGGAGAAGCUCGCAGCCGAGGCCUUUGAGGUUGCUAUGGUAAAGACAAAGGCUAGGAUAGUGGAAGGAGAUGCAGGGAAGGUAAUAUGCAAGGAAGCAGAGAGGUUGAAGCCUGCUGCUGUAGUUAUGGGCACCAGAGGCCGAAGCUUGAUUCAAAGUGUAAUACAGGGUAGUGUAAGUGAAUAUUGCUUCCAUAAUUGCAAAACAGCACCAAUUAUAGUCGUUCCUGGUAAAGAUGCAGGGGAGAAAUCUGUGCUGUAAUGGAUCAUAAGCAGGAUGAACAGCUUAAGGAUCGACAGAAGCAUGCCUAUGGUGAUUGUACCUCUUCUAGUGAAGGCAGGAUUUCUUUCUGUUGGAUGUGGACUUAGGAAUAAGAUUAUGAUUAGUUAAUUAGUUUGAUGUUUGUAAUAUACUGCUUAUCUCUGCUCAUGUAUAUUAGUUUGGCUAUAACUAUUUUAUUGUACAAUAGUGGAGUGUAACUAAUAUUCUUCAUCGAUUUGUGGCAAUGUUUAUGCCCUUGAAUACUCAUUUUGAGUGCAUUUUGUUAGUUCAA